GCUCAGAGAUGGCGAUCGGCGGCAGCCCGGGAUGGUCGCGAGGCGUGCCUUGUUCGCUUGCACUGUGGCAGCUGGCUGCUGCGCUGCUUGUUUCCGGAACGGCGGUUCGCGGCGCUCGCCAGCCUCACGUGGUCUUCAUCGUCGCCGACGACGUUGGCUGGAAUGACGUCCCGUGGCACAAUGCGGGCCUCUUCAGCCCGAAUCUGGCCCGACUUGCUUCGGAAGGAGUGAUCCUGGAGCAGUACUACGCACAGCCUGUUUGCACUCCAACAAGAGCCGCUAUCCUGACGGGCAGAUACCCGUACAAACUUGGACGGCAGGGACACGUGCUGAAUCAUCUGGAACCCACAGGGCUGACAACGAGCGUCCCGCUUCUGGCAGAGGAGCUGUCACGACUUGGAUACUCAGCACACGCUUUGGGAAAAUGGCACCUCGGAUACUGCAGCUGGUCGUAUACGCCAACGGCGCGCGGCUUCCAUUCCUUCUCGGGUUUCUACCUGGGAUCCCAGGACCACUACUCGCACACCGCUAUGGUCGACAUCCACACCGGAGGAUUCGACUACCGCGCCAACGCCACGCCCGACUGGGAUGCUCGCAGCCGUUACUCUUCGAAACUACUAGCGGACGACACGAUCAAGUUGCUGGCGGAUCACGCCGGACAAGAGCGUCCGCUGUUCCUGUAUGUGGCUUUCCAAGCCGUACACGCGCCUCUACAGGUUCCGCCAGAAUACAGGGUUCCCUGCACCAAGUUCCACAACAGACGCCGUCUAUUACUAUGUGGCAUGCUGAAUGCACUGGAUGAAGCCGUGGGAAGAAUCGAGAAGGCUCUUCAGCAGUACGGAUACUGGAACAACACGCUGCUAGUAUUUACAAGUGAUAAUGGCGGACAAAUUCUUGAAGGCGGCAACAACUGGCCGCUGCGUGGGAACAAGAACACCCUGUGGGAGGGCGGCACCCGAGUGCCGGCUUUCGUGGCAGGACCGUUGCUCAAGAAGACGGGAUACACAAACAGCAAAGUGGUGCACGCGGUCGACUGGUUUCCGACCCUGUUGAGCCUGGCCGGCGAAAAAGGUGCCCCCGAGAGCCUCGACGGAGUGAACCAGUGGCAGGUUCUCAGCGAGGAUGCAGAUCAAGUGCGCCAGGAAUUCGUGUACAACAUUCGCAAACGCGCCCAUUUGGAAGGAGCGAUCAGAAAUGGCGACUACAAGUUCAUCUUAGGUGACGCUGGCCAUCCGAACGGCUGGUACCCGGAACCCGAUCUUGAGGAUUUUAUUGCAAACGAAGACUCAAGAAACAUAUCGCGUGCCCUCUUCAACGUCCGUAGCGAUCCGGAAGAAAGGCACGACCUGUCACCGUCGCAGCCAGAGCUCGCGGCUCUGCUCGAGAAGCGGCUGCGGACGCUCGCGCGCCGCCUGGUGCCCGAGGACGACCCCAGCGACGACCCACGCGGCGACCCUCGGCGGUGGGGCGGCGUGUACACGCCCGGAUGGUGCGAGCCACGCGGGCAGCUCGGCCCCUUCCUGUGACGAGCGCGGCGGCUCUCUUUCACGUGUACCCUUGACCCCAACUGAAGGAAGAUUGCACAACAAAGAAUGACAAUAAAAAUGCAGGUGCAAA